UUAAAUAUAUUGAUCCACGUUUUUUCUGUCUGGCAGAACAGAUAGAGAUUGCACGAUCCAAAAAACAAGGGGAGUUGCUAAACUGGGAAGACAUUCAAAAGAUGAAAUAUUCAUGGAAUGUCGCCUGUGAAGUGAUGAGACUUGCUCCUCCUCUUCAGGGUGCUUUCAGAGAGGCCAUCACUGACUUCACAUUUGCUGGUUUCUCCAUUCCCAAGGGUUGGAAGUUACACUGGAAUGUGAAUUCAACACACAAAAAUGCCAAGUGGUUUCCAGAGCCUGAGAAGUUUGAUCCUGCAAGAUUUGAAGGGAAUGGACCAGCUCCUUAUACAUAUGUUCCAUUUGGAGGAGGACCUAGAAUGUGUCCUGGAAAAGAGUAUGCCCGUCUGGAGAUACUUGUGUUCAUGCACAAUUUAAUCAAAAAGUUUAAUUGGGAAAAGCUGAUACCUGAUGAGAAGAUAAUAGUGGAUCCAAUGCCAAUGCCAGCGAAAGGACUCCCAGUCCGCCUCCUUCCCCAUAAAUCGUAAUGGUAAAGCUUCUACGACUACUUCAUUAACU